AUGCCAGGAUUUAAACCUCCCGUCCAAUCAAAAUGUCCAAAAUGUGGAAAGUCAGUUUACGCAGCAGAGAAAAUGGUUGCUGGAGGAUCAUUGGACUCUACAAACGUCUCUCCACAUGAAGCCCAAUUAUUUUGUUGCAAAUGCCAUGGGAGAAAAUAUGGCCCGAAAGGUGUUGGGUUUGGUGUAGGAGGAGGUGUUUUAACGAUGGAUAUGGGGGAACGAUUUGGAAAUCGAGAAGUGGAAAUGACGUAA